CGCGCCCUGUGGCCAUUGUAAUUUGUGUCUAUAGCUUUAUGAAUGGUGAGGAAGUGUGAUGGUCCACCUGUCGACCUCUUCUUCUGGAGAUGUGGAAAGCCAGAUCUCAAGACUUAUUGGCCAAGCAAGCAGAAGUAAAGAGUCCUCAAACGUCUGAAAUGGUGCAUUUCCGAGCGGACAAGUCUACUUGGAUGCCUCGAUGAGAGGUCCUCUUGGCACCAAGGGUCCCAUGGCGUACCAUCCUUUCCAAGUGCAUCCAGCAGCAGACCCCUUCUACGUGCCAGCCUUCCUGCAGCCCCCGCUGCUGCUCCAGCCAGCGCUGGGAGUCCCGGAUUCCUCCCCCCUGUCCGGCUCCAGGUCGGAGCGGCGCGCCUCCGACGCGGCGCUGCGCGCUCUGGCGCGCCGGGACCGGGCGGUUCAGCCGCGCAGCCUGAGCAGCCUGCAGCACGACUGGCUGGAUGACGACCCCAAAGUUACUCUGGAAUCCAAAAGAUUAUGGUCUGAAUUUCACAAACUGGGGACUGAGAUGGUUAUCACGAAAUCAGGGAGAAGGAUGUUUCCACCCUUCAAGGUGCGCGUGGAAGGACUGGAUGAAACAGCAAAAUACAUCAUGCUGAUGGACAUCGUCGCCGUUGAUGAGUACCGCUACAAGUUUCACAAUUCCCGCUGGAUGGUGGCAGGAAAAGCAGACCCGGAGAUGCCCAAGCGCAUGUACAUCCACCCAGACAGCCCGUCCAAGGGAGCGCAGUGGAUGAGCAAGCUUGUCACGUUCCAUCAACUCAAACUUACCAACAAUGCUUCGGAUAAGCAUGCAUAUACAAUUUUGAAUUCAAUGCAUAAAUACCAGCCCAGAUUUCACAUCGUGAGAGCCAACGACAUCAUGAAGCUUCCAUACAGCACCUUCCGGACUUAUGUUUUCCCAGAGACAGAGUUCAUAGCAGUAACUGCCUAUCAGAAUGAAAAGAUUACACAGCUAAAAAUUGACAACAACCCCUUUGCCAAAGGAUUCAGAGACGCCGGAAAUGGGAGAAGAGAAAAAAGGAGUAAACAAUUAAAUGAUUCAUUGCUGCAUGAAAACCAAAGCAAAGAGAACCAGGACUGUGCAGAUUCUGAUGACUCAUGUGACCAACCAAGUACCAGUGAACCCUUUUAUUCUCCUUUGAAAACGAUGUCUCCGCCAACCUGUCAAGAUGGAAAGAAUGUGGAAAGUGAUUCAGAUAUUGAUCUUCAAGAUGGCGGCUGUUCUAAGUCUGCACAUACAUUCAUCAUGUGUCUGAGCAGCAAGGAGACGAUGCAAAACAAGUCUGAUCUUCACAAAAGCAACAGAUAUCAGGAUCGGACAGGAGACAGAACCGCACGCAGGUCACCCGACAACGGGCUCUCUAUGGAGCUGGGCUCUGCAGAGAAGCAGGACAGGGUUGCCCCCAUGAUGCCCACUUCCUGGAGCUCGUCAUCACCCGCUGACAGUCGCCGACAGACUUUGAAUUUCUCAGGUGUGUACAAUGACUCAUUUACUGGGGCACCUUUGAUGUUCCAAACAGACCAGCUGUCAAUGAAACCAGAGACUUUUACCGGACUGGGUAUCGGACCCGGAUUUUCCUCUUUGUCUGGAGUAAGUGACUUAGAAACUGGAAGCCUGUCUUCUCAAAAGCUCGUCUCCUCAGCUAUGGUCAAGUUUCCGCCAUCACAGCCCAUGUUGGCAUCUCAGGGACUGUCGUUGCAACCUUUUGGGGGGAUGCUGUCAUACCCCUACAACUUCAUGGCAGCACCGUGUGCGACUGCUCCAGCUCUGGCCGCCUGCCUGGCGACCCCAUCGCUCCCUACGACCCAUCGUCAUGGCAACUCUGGACCUUGGUCGCGGUGCAGCCCGUACCAGAUCCCCACAUCUCUCCACUCCUACCACAAUCAGUUGACAACCAGAUCGCCUCAUCCACAAUCGGAGCUGUGCAACUCUGGAGGCCGAGGCUCAGGUCAAAUGUUUGACAAUCACAGCUACAGAGCAAAGCCAACACAGCUCGCUCCCCCGGCUGCAAAAGGUCCCACCGACGAACUGCAGUACAUCCGCGUUCCGGUUGGAGGGCUUGAGAAACAAUGUCCUCCACCGUAGACUCUGUGGCAGAAACUGGGUGACGGAUGCAAGUUUCACAAAA